AUGUCUGGACUUAAAUGGCAAUGGCUCAAGUGUUUGAUGAUGUUAAUGAGUUUAGCCACUCUAUCGGGUAUCUCUCGAGCAGAUGUGGGAACCGCCGCUCAAUACAAUCCUCCUUAUACACCUACGGCGUGUUUUGGCAAUGAUCCAUCACAAUUUCCAACUAACAACCUUUUUGCGGCGGCGGGAGAGGGGAUAUGGGACAAUGGAGCGGCUUGUGGGAGACAAUACCUAAUUAGUUGUAUAAGUGUGGCUGCACCAUCCAAGUGCCAAUCCGGUCAGGUAGUUCGUGUGAGAAUUGUGGACCGGGCACAAACUUCGGUUUCACGACCCUCAAGGAAGGGUGCCACCAUAGUAUUGUCUACUGCCGCUUAUCAAUCCCUCGCCUCCGGUCCUCGCUCCAUUCUUAACAUCGAAUUUAUACAGUAA